AUGGCAUUCCUCGACUUGAUGUUGGACAUGAAUGCGAAGGGAGAAUUGCCCAUGGAUGGUGUGCAAGAAGAAGUCGAUACAUUCACCUUCGAGGGCCAUGACACAACAUCCGCGUCAAUCAAUUGGUUCCUUCAUCUCAUGGGUGCAAAUCCCCACAUUCAGGAGAAAGUUCAAAGAGAAGUCGAUGAGGUACUAGGGGAAGUCGAUCGACCAGUCACUUAUGAGGAUCUGGGAAGCCUGAAGUACCUUGAAGCAUGCAUAAAGGAAACGCUACGCCUCUACCCUUCGGUCCCUCUGUUUGGUCGACAAGUAGUAGAAGAUAUAAAAAUCAAGGGACAUGUGCUACCAGCAGGAACCGGUGUUGUCGUGGUGCCGUCUAUGGUGCAUCGUGACCCGAGGUAUUGGGACGAUCCAGAAGUAUUUCGUCCUGAACGAUUCAUCGAUGGAGAAGUGAAGCAUCCUUAUGCUUACAUUCCAUUUUCAGCUGGUAGCAGGAAUUGCAUAGGCCAGCGAUUCGCCAUAAUGGAGGAGAAGUGCAUUCUUGCAUUGCUUAUGCGGCAUUUACGAGUACGUUCGUUGCUCCGUACAGACGAGAUGCGUGUUGCCGCUGAGCUCAUCAUUCGACCGCUCUUCGGGAAUCGAAUAAAGUUCGAGAAAAGAGAUUUUGGUGACUACACUCACUGCAGUAUGGGUACACUGCUCCAAGUCCAGCGAAGGCAGCGUCUAGAGUGUUGA